ACAGCAUUACCAGUGUGGGGACUGGUGAGGCGAGGAGCGAGGCAGCGGCAGCCACUCAUUCUCUCAUUCACUCAGCUGUUUUUUCCUCUAACUUAUACGCACGGAUUGGCUUUUUUAAUGUAUCUUGAUUCCACAAUUGACCUGGAAGAAACUUUUUGUUUUUUAAGACACAUAAAAGUCCUGAUUAAUUCCAACAGGAGGUCCUGUUUUUUCUGGUUUUGCUCCUAUAACUUCCAGCUGAUUAUGUGAUGUUCUGAUCCUUCGGUGGUUCAUAUUUUACCUACAGUUGGAGAGGAGAGAUUGGAACGCCAUUUGACACUGGUGGUCUUUUCGUGUGGAGUAGCAUCUUCUCUGUUGCAAAGAGCAAUAUGAAUACAACAAAAAAGCUCCAUGUAAAGGCUUGACAUUCGACAGAAGAAAACCUCAUUUGUUUUGCAAAGAGGGGGGAGGAAGCCUUUGUCUCUUGGUCCUUGCUUCCUGUCAGCCUCGAAGCAUGGCUGGAAUGAACGGAUGCUUUAAGUGCAAGAAAUGAAGCGGGGAGUGACGUCGUGGGGUGCUGGCUUUGGAAGUGGGGGCAGGUCCAGUCAACCUGCCAGCUCCACGUCUCUUGGCAGCACUAGCAGCGACAGGGCUGCCAUGGCGUCAGGCCCUGCAGACGUGCUGGCCAAUCAGGAGCCUGCUGAGGUUCAGGAAGAUUGCUCAGGAAAGAAGAAGUCCAGGUUUCAGACAUUUAAAAAAUUCUUUGCCAGGAAGAAGAGGAAGGAGCCGUCAGGCGCUGGAGCAGACGACGGGCUCAAAGGCAGCCAGUCAAGCGACAAUGUCAGCAAAGCCUCUGAGAAUAACACACUCACUCCGUCGGACAAGGAUAAGGGCUCCGGGUCAAAGAGCAGCCUGGGAACCAAGGCUUUGUCACAUGACUCUGUCUUCGUGUCUGACUCAUCGGAGGCCAACGAGGCACUGGGAGCAUCUCAGGACAGCAUUCAUGGGAAGGUGAAAUCCUUACAGCUCCAGCUGAAGCAGGCCAUCAAAAUGGGCUCUCCUCCCUCCCUGAUGUGCAUGAAGGGGAGAGAGGACCCAGGAACCAUGUCUGAGGACGACGGUCUGCCCUGUAGUCCUCCUGAAUACACCACCCUCCACGCAGCGAUGAACCAGGCUCAGAGGAACAGCUCCACCAGUCUGGAGCGUGACGAUGAUCAGCUGUCCUGUGCUGCUUCCAGUAGGGCUGUGAGCCCCCUGGUGGUUCCAGGCGACUUCAGUCAGCCGGCCAGUCCCUUUGGCUGCCUGGAUAACUCAGCUGCCAAACACAAGAUGGGCCUCAGACACAAAGCCUGCAACAGGAGGAAACCUGCCAGCAGGCUGGAGUUGAAAGCGGAGGAGGACUCUGUGGACGAGGUGCUGAACGCCUCUGUAACAGAGGUUUCAGUGGAGCAUGAACAGCUGAAGACAGAAGAUGUAAGUUUUGAUGAGCUGAAAUUGAACGUAGAAAGGGGAGAAGAUGAAGAUGAAGAGGGGGAGGAGGUUGAGAAAGAGCCACAGCAGCGUUCCACGCUAUCCCUGUCCACAGAUAGAGAGGAGAGGGCGGACGAGUCAGAAGCAGGACAGGAUGUUUCUCACCACUCGGAGCGCGCUGCUUCUCCACAGCCCAGUCUGUCAGUGGAAGAUGUUUCAGACUCUCCUCCCCUGCCCUCCCCCAAGCCCUGCUCCUCAGCUUCCUCCGUGGACAGUCUCAGAGCCUCACCAGAGCCCCCUGCUGGUCGUAGGGAGUAUUUGUUGGACCCUGCAGGUGUUGCCUGUGGAGCCGAGGAGAGCAGAGAUGACAGUGAGUUAGCAUUUAGAGAAGAAGACGACAGAGGAGCAGAGGAGGAGGAGGAGGAGGAGGAGAGUUCCUUCCUACAGGAAGUGCUGAGCUCCUUGAAGACCCCUCUUCCGUCCUGUUUACUCAAUACGGAGGCUGACGGUGGCGUUCUGGAGAUGGAGCGGGAGGUGAAGGAAGAAGACAAGGAAGAAUUUGAGAUAGAAGAAGGAGAGGAGAUGAAAGAGGAGGGGGCAGAGCUUGAGGAGACUGACAUCCACCAGUCUUCUCCCUCAGACCCUGAACUGUCGAGUCAAACCAGCGAGGAAGAGGAGGACGCUGCUACUGUUUCCUGUGAGGACGAAGUGAUCCCUGAAGAAGAGCUGGAAGAAGAACAAUCAGAGGAGGAAGAAGUGUUGUUAGAAGAGAUCAAUCAACAUCGUCUACAAGAGGAGGUGGAAGAAGUUAAAUCACAGCAGAAAAACAAUGAGGAUGAGCGCGUCCGACAAACACAUGUCCACGUAGAAGGCGAAGCAGAUGACGAAGACUACCAGAGCGGGGGUGAGGAAGAGGCAAUAGAGCUGGAAAAGGAGGCGGAGGUGGAGGAGGAAGGACGGGAGAAGACAGAGGAGCCCGAUGAGGAGAGGAGAGAAGGGAAGGAGAGAGUGGAGGAGGCAGAGGAGGCCACAGAAGAAGAGCGGGACGACGCAGAGGAGAUGACGGAGAGGUUUCCUCACGUCUCGCAAGAUGACGCACAGGUCGCCGUGACGCGACGCAAGACAGACUACGUGGUUGGAGACGACGCCGCGCGCACAACAAAACCCACAGGCGACGGGGAGAUCCCUGCAGAUGUGUGUGACGGAGGCUCCACCGCAGGGGGCGACCAAAACCAUGGAGGCCAGGACGAGAAUGGGGAAGAAAAGGAGGUGGAGCACAGCAAACGGGAAUCAGAGCCAGAAGAAGAAACAAACCAGGAAGCUGCAGAUCAGGACAGUGAGGAGGUGUCUCACGGGAAAGAAGCAGGAAACGGCCACAGCGAAGCUGAAGAACAAGCCCCCGCUGCGUCUCUGCCUCCUCCAGAGUCCGGCCUUGCAGCUGAUUCACCAGAAAGGCAGCCCAUCGCUCCCAGUAAGACCAGCACCAUCCACAUUAACCUGGUGUCUCCCGGCUCAGACACGUCUGCAGCGUUCUUCCAGCGCUCUCCGACCUCGGCGCGGCCCAAAGACGGCGAGGAGCCUCCCUUCACAGCAGCAGCCGGGCGAGACGCAGAGGAAGUGGGAGCAGCGACACCAGCGGGUGUGGAGCAAAUGGAAGCAGAGGCGCCAGCGGGUGUGGAGGAGGAAACCAAAGGGUCUGUGGAGGAAGCCCUGAACCACACGUCGCCCUCCUCAGACCAGACUCGAGUCCGAUUCACCGUCGCCGCCGCCUGGCAGAGAACGCAGGGUUCGACUCCGCCCUCCUCCCCCACCGCCACGGAACCAGAACCCCACGGGCUGGAGGCGGCAGCGGGUCGCGUGGAGCCGGCGGGCGGUGCUGAGGCGGAGCCGGUUCUGAGCCCGGUCGAAGCCAGGAACGCAGGGAGCGGUUCCGGAAGCGCUCCAGCUGCUGCAGGCACAGACACAGGGAGCUCCGUCUCAGCGAGAGCGAAUCCUGACAACCCGUUUGGAGUUCGCCUGAGGAAGACGUCGGCGCCGCGCCGCUUCAGCUCCGAGGAGGAAACCGCAGAGACGCCCGCUGAGGCCACAUCUCAGCCACGCGGCUGUGGGGCGGAACCGCCGGCCGGUGCUAGGCCUCUGCUGAGUCAGCCAGUCAGCACCAGACCCGCCGUCCCCAAGAAACCCGACGUCCACAGGGACGCGGCAAAGACCAAGAGCCCCUCAGACCCAGCUGCAGGUGGUGGACUGGACUCUCCCAGCUGGAUCUCUGUAGCCAAACAGAAGCAGAAGAUCUAUAAAGACAGCUCACUGGAGGAGAUUUCUCUCAAGAAGGAGGAGCCAGAGAGGAAGAGUUCGCUGCCAACCUACAUCGCCUCAGCUGCAGUCAGGGAGCAGAGCAACAACCCAGCUGACUCUGGCAGCACAGUGAGUCUGCUGGAAACCAGUCAGCCUCCAGCACCUGCCGAGAAGGAGGCCAGAAAAGCUGCUACGAAGUCCCCGCCGCCCCCCUCCCCCGUCGCUCCAAAGCCGCAGUUUCUGCCCCCCCCCCAGCCCCACUCGGCCCCACGCUCCCUCUCCCCACCCACCCCGGUCCCAGUUUACCAAAAACCUCCCUGCGGCACAAGCCCCUCCCCGCCUGCGUUCAAACCAGCACAGCCCCAGCUCCCGGCUGCCCCCCCCCCUCCCGCCGCGUCGAGGAGCAGCUUAGAAAGCGCCGCCUCCAGGCCCCCGGGGCUUCCUGGGCCCGGCCCGUCUGCCCAGCGAGGCCUGCCCGGCCCGGCCUCGCCCCCGGACGAGCCGCCCUGGAUGGCGCUGGCCAAGAAGAAGGCCAAGGCCUGGAGCGAGAUGCCCCAGAUCGUGCAGUGAGAAGCGGCGCCCGAGUCGGGUCGCGUAAACGGGCCAAAGCCGGCUUCAGCGGACCCCGCGGGUCACGCGUGGAGGGGGCUCACGGGGUCCGAGAGGCCGGACGGGCGAGCUUACAUCGGCGCACGCGCACGCAGCGGUUGUUUUAUUUAUUUUUAAUAUUUCCCGGCCUCCGUCGUCGGGUGCAAAGAGUCGAUUCACGCCACUGACGACAGGUUCUGUUUAACCCCGUCACUUUUAUUGUCUUAAGUUGUACAGUCAUGUUUUUUUAAAUGACAGGGUCGGAUCCCCACAAAGCUAACGCAUCUUUACUUGGGAGUAAGUCCUUAUUUCACAUAUAGUCUGGUGUAAGAUGCCUAAAUGAGAGAAAUUCACAAGUAUGAUUUAUUUUAUCUAAAGGAUUGAACCUUAUAUCAGUAACAUUGCGAGGAAAAGAGUCGUUAUUUUAUGAAAAGGAUCCUUUUUUACAGAAUAAAGUAAAACUAACUCAUUUUUGUCUAAAAGAAUGAUUUGAUUGGAUGUUUUGUUUCUGUCAGUGUGUGUGUGCUUCUUUUAAUGUGGGAAUGUGGUGGGCCUUUAUGGGCAGAGGGUGAAAUGGGAACGCAUCUAACCACAGCUGGAGAACAAUGUGCUGCACAAACCACUGCUGAUCAGGAGCUUUGGUAAAAAUGUGCUGAUCCACUGUUCCACAAGCUGUUCUCUCGGAGUCAGGCUCUUCAGACAAACAUAUUGGUUGUAACAACAUGCAGACGCCACAUGCGUGUCAGCUGUUAGUGAGUUUCUAUAACAGGAAUGUUGUCAGUUUUUAUGUAUUAAAUACAUAACAUCUACUGAUUGAACAGCAUCCAACAAGCCAUGAACUAUAGACGUUGACUGUUGUCUUGUUAACGUGUCACAGCUGCAUGAGUGCGUUGUUUCAAUUGAAAAUUUUCUCCAGUCACAACUAUGUAAAUAAAUAUAUUUCUAAUCAUCCACUUUGAGAUUAGUUUUAUGCAAGAUGCACAGCAUCACUAAAGCAAAGUGAGUUUCACAGCGGAGGUCUCCAUUGUAUUAAAUGUGUGUGAGCGCGUGUGUGUGUGAUUUUUUUUUUUUUUGUAUUGCUUUUGAAUACCUGUUCUGUACAUACGGUCCACAGUAAAGAACAAAUAAUUCACUUUUUUAAUUCAGUUUUUAUUUUCUCAUCUGCGAUUUUACACCAUUAACCAUUCAUUGAGUCUGAAAGUUCAUACAAUAAAACAUUAUGAAUUACUCAGCAGA